AUGCCCGGAGGCAGCACCCCGCCCGCGUCGCUGCCGGACCACAUUCUGCUGCGUUGUCUCGCCGCCGUGCCCUUCCCACUCUACCGCUCGCUGCACGCCGUCUGCGCCGCGUGGCGCCACCUGGCGGACCCCCUCUCGCUGCACCAGAUCCGCCGCGCGGAGGGACUGACGGAGCUGUGGCGCGUCGACCUCGAGAACGAGUACCGCGACGCCGCCUUCCAGGGGCUCGCUGGUAAAGCCCGCCGCCAUCUCUCGCGCCCGCAGCCGUCUCGCGGACUGGCGCGGCAGCGGAGCAGCAGCAGCAACGACAUGAACCGAAUCGACAUGAGCGCCUGCGCCCAUCAUGCGGACGCCGCCACGUCUUGCGGCAGGUGCCGCACGAGCGAGGACGCAAGCGACGUGCGCGUGACGCCGCUGGCGGGCCCUCUCCGCCUGCAGUACGGCGCCGUCUGCAUUCCGAGCGAGCCCGAGCUGCUGGUGCUGGGCGGGCGCUCGCCAUUCCCCGUGUUCUGCCGCGAGGUGGUGCGCGCAUACGCGGACGCGCACGCAUACAAUGCGCUCACCGACUCGUGGCACGUUCUUGCGCCCAUGCCCACCGCCCGAUUCGCGUUUGGCGUCGCCGCGUGGAUGCACCCCUCCUCUCGCCAGACCUACGUGGCAGUAGCUGGUGGCUAUGCAUCCAGUGGGGAGGCUUUAUUCGAUGCUGAGCUGUACCACGUCAGCAGCAACACGUGGACUACCCUGCCACCCCUCACACACGCCAGUGGAGCAUGCAGGGCGGUGGUGCACGGCAACCAGCUCAUCGUCGCGCAGCGCACUGGCGGCCCCGCAGAGUCCCUCGACCUCGCCGCUCUGCUCUCCUCCCCAUUCCCCACCUCGCCGCCCUCCCUUGAUGCCAUAGCUCAGAGUGUGACGUGGCAGCAGGAGACGGCUGAGACGAGGGACAGGCUGGUGGUGCCGCCCAGCCAGCAGCAGCAUCAGCAGAAUGGACAAGCACCUGCCAGCCAGAAUGGAGGGGGUGCUUCAGAGAAUGGGAACUCUUGCUGGGAGUCUGUAUUUAUUUGGCUGUAA